AUGCAGAGGACCCUCUCACUCGCGGCUGCUAAGUCUUCUUCUUCGACUUCAAUUCUAUCUCUUCGUCCUCUCAUGGCUAAGUUGCAGUGCAGGGCGAUUCAGAAUUUCCCUGUCUCGUCUUCCUCUUCAGUAGUUCGGAUUGAUAGAGUAUGUAGAAAUGUAUGCCAGGUUCAGUUUAAAAGAGAGAAUGCAAGUUGUUUGAAGUUAGCUUGCGCAGGUCCUUCGCAUCUAAGGCCUCUUGGUUCUGUUGGUUAUGCAUCACAUUGGAGUGGUUCGAGUUUAAGGUCCUUUGGAAAUAGUUUCAGACCGUUUCUGGGGAGAUAUUUUUCUCAAGUUCCUAAUACUGGAAAUAAGGAUAAGAUUGUUGGUGGUGAUGGAAAGGUUGGUGGGAAUGUAUCGGGUUUCAAGAAGUUUAGUAAGAAGCGGAAGAAACAAAAGGUUUUGGCUUCGUCAGAAGUUCAAGUGGUGGCUUCUACUGAACCGGUUAUUGGAGAUGUUGCCAGUGGCAUCAAGGUUGACUUAUCAACUGCAGCUUCACCUGUUAGCAAUGGUAAGCACGCCCCUACAGUCAAAACAAAACGGAGGCCAAAGAGCAAAAAAGUCGUAGACAAAUCUUCUUCAACGGUAUCGGUUCUGGAGGCGGUUUCUCCAGAAGCGAGUUUGAAAAGCGUUCCCAAGCCAAAACAUUCUGGUUCUGGAUCUCCUAAGAAGGAGGUGGCAAAAAAUCCCACUACAGAGGGGUCCAAGCCGGAACAACAGCAUUUGAAGUCAACAAAAGCAAGCAAUGCACCAAAACAGGAGGAAGCUGGGGAGCCAGCUGGGAAAUGUUUUACCCAAGUCUCUAAUACUGGAAAUAAGGAUAACAUUCUUGGUGGUGAUGAAAAGGCUGGUGGGAAGAAAUCAGGUUUCAAAAAAUUUAAUAAGAAGUGGAAGAAGCAUAAGGUUUUGGCUUCCACAGAAGCAGAAGCAGUGGCUUCUGCUGAACCAGUUAUUGGAGAUGUUAGCAGUGGCAUGAAGGUGGACCUAUCAACUGCAGCUUCACCGGCCAGCAAUGGUAAGCAAGCCUCUACUGUCAAAACAAAAGGGCGCCCAAAGAGCAAGAAAGUCGAAGAUAAAACUUCUUCAGCGGUACCAGUUUUGGAGGCGGUUUCUCUAGAGGAGAUUUUGACAACCGUUUCCAAGCCAAAACAUUCUGGUUCUGGAAAUCGCAAGGCUUCAUCUGCUAAGAAGGAGGUGGCCAAAAAUCCCACUAUGGAGGAGCCCAAAAGUUCUGCUCCAUCAAAAUCCAAGUCAGAACGACAGAAUCGAAAGUCAACAAAAGCAAGCAAUGCACCAAAACAGAAGCUGGUUCCUCAACACAUGAAAAACAGCAUAGAGCAUCGAGGUCAAAAUGCAUCUAAACCACUUUAUCCGCCAAGUGGAAAAUCUAUUAUUGUCGUUGAGUCAAUGACAAAAGCAAAGAUUAUUCAGGGUUAUCUUGGUGACAUGUAUGAGGUUUUGCCAAGUUAUGGUCAUAUCAGAGACCUGGCCUCAAGGUCUGGUUCAGUGAGACCAGAUGAUGAUUUUAGCAUGGUUUGGGAGGUUCCUUCUGCAGCCUGGACUCAUAUUAAGAGCAUAAAGGUGGCAUUAAGCGGAGCUGAAAAUCUGAUUCUUGCCUCGGAUCCAGAUCGUGAAGGAGAGGCAAUUGCCUGGCACAUCAUAGAGAUGUUGCAGCAGCAGGGUGCCUUACAUGAAAGUAUGACAGUAGCAAGGGUUGUUUUCCAUGAGAUAACUGAGUCAGCAAUAAAAUGUGCGCUUCGAUCCCCACGAGAAAUUGACGGGGACUUGGUACAUGCUUAUCUCGCACGGCGUGCUCUUGAUUAUCUAAUUGGAUUUAAUAUUUCACCCCUACUUUGGAGGAAACUUCCGGGUUGCCCGUCAGCUGGGCGAGUCCAGUCUGCUGCUUUGGCUCUUAUAUGUGAUAGAGAAAGUGAAAUUGACGGAUUUAAGCCUCAGGAGUACUGGACUGUAGGAAUCAAAGUGCAAGGGAAAGAUGAUUCAGCCACUUUUUCAGCUCACUUGACCAGUUUAAAUUCAAAAAAGUUAAAUCAGCUUUCUAUCAGCUCUGAAGCAAAUGCAAAGGACAUAGAGAAAAGGAUCAGAUCAGAAAGUUUUCUAGUGAGGCGCACUAAAAAAAGCACUACCCAUAAAAAUCCACCAACUCCAUACAUAACAUCAACCCUUCAGCAGGAUGCUGCUAAUAAACUACAUUUUUCAACAGCACAUACCAUGAAGCUUGCUCAAAAACUAUAUGAGGGUGUCCAACUGCCCGACGGUAAAUCAGCUGGUCUUAUAACAUACAUGCGGACAGAUGGUUUACAUAUAGCUGAUGAUGCUAUCAAAGAUAUACAGUCCUUGGUGGCAGAAAGGUAUGGGAAGAAUUUUACAUCAGGUAGUCCUCGUAAAUACCAUAAAAAGGUUAAGAACGCUCAGGAGGCCCAUGAAGCUAUUAGACCUACCGAUAUACGUAGAUUACCGUCAACAAUUGCUAGCCUGCUUGAUGCGGAUUCUCUAAAAUUAUACACCUUAAUUUGGUCACGAGCUAUGGCAUGUCAGAUGGAGCCUGCUUCCAUUGCGCUGAUACAACUUGAUAUUGGAAGUGCCUCUGAAUCCAUUAUCUUCAGAUCAUCAUGCUCGAAAGUCGAUUUCCUUGGGUACCAAGCAGUUUACGAGGAUCCUGAAGCUAAGGCAAUCAAAAACAAAGAUGAUGACAAGAGUAGUGAGCGGGAGGAAACUUUUGAAACUCUCAAUUUGUUGAAGGAUGGGGAUCUGCUACAUAUUGGUGAAGUUGAGCUCAAACAGCACCAUACUCAGCCCCCAUCACGCUAUUACGAGGGGUCACUGAUUAAAAAGCUCGAGGAGCUUGGGAUAGGUAGACCCUCGACAUAUGCAUCUAUAUUCAGGGUUUUACAGGACAGAAAGUAUGUAACAAUAAAGAACCGAGCACUGUAUCCAGAAUUCCGUGGGAGGAUGGUUUCAGCUUUUCUUACCAACUACUUCACUGAGGUCACAGACUAUAGUUUUACUGCUGAUAUGGAGACAGAGCUUGAUAAUGUUUCUGGUGGUGUAACUGAAUGGAAAGGUCUCCUAAGAGACUACUGGACACGAUUCAGCGCCUAUUGUAAACGUGCUGAAAAUGUCCAAAUCCAUCAGGUGGAGAAAAUGUUGGAAAAAAAGUAUGAGGACUUUUUGUUUUCUUCCUUCCCUGAUCCCAGCAGGACAUGCCCGAGUUGUUCGGAAGGCACCUUAACUUUCAAAGUAAGCAAGCAUGGUACGGGGUAUUUCAUCGGUUGUGAUCAGCACCCUUCAUGCAAGUUCAUUGCUAAAACGCUUUAUGGAGAGGAUGAAGAUGAAGAUGAUCCUCCAAGGAAUACCUGCGUAGAAGAGCCCAAAUUACUGGGUCUUCAUCCCAAUACCAGUGAGAAGGUUAUUUUAAAGUGUGGCCCCUAUGGGUAUUAUGUACAGCUUGGUGAGGAUAAAAAGGGGCACUUACCAAAACGAGCAAAUGCAGCCCAUAUAAAGGAUGUCAAAUCUCUUACGCUUGAAGGUGCUCUCGAAUUAUUACGCUAUCCUCUGACACUGGGAACCCACCCUGAAGAUGGGCAGCCUGUGCUCUUAAAGCUCAGUAAAUCUGGAUUUACUGUUCGACAUCGCCGCACAAUGGCUACUGUUCCAAAGAACAUGGAACCAGGUGCGGUUACUUUAGAGAAAGCAUUGAAGCUCUUGUCUGGCAAAAAUGUUAGACAGUGUGGCAGACCUAAGAGGGUCCAGCCAAUAGUAGAUGAGGAAGAUGAAGGAUAUGAAGAAAUUGCAGAGGCAGUGUAA